AUGGAUGCGGCGACAUCGCCCCCCAGAAAGAGACAACGAGAACGAGACGGAGUGACUCCUCCGUUUGUGAAACGGAGGAAGGGGUCUCGGCUUCCACAACAGUCGGUGCCGCCGUUGACACAACCGAUCCUGCGACUCUUCGCCAUCUUCAACGAGAUGGCUCGUCACUUUCUGGAAAGAGCUCUGUCAGCCCAGGACGAGGGAGAUGCCAGGACGGCAAUAGACGAUGCGGAGACCGUCAUCCUUGGAGAGUGGCCAGAGUGGGAAACAGAAGACCCAGGUGACGAGGAUGAGAAAACAGGUGAUGCUGAGAGUUUGCACUUGUUGCCUCCCAGGUCUCGGUUCAAGUUGCAGGCCAGCUUGCUCGCAAACUUCGCAAACAGCCGAGCUCAGGAAGUCACGAAAGCACAUAGCAUCGAGUUGAAGCAAGCUGCCAUGCCCUUGAAGGCAUGGUCGGCCUUGGCUUUUGAGGGAAAGGGCAAGCGUGAAGAGCUGUGCAGGCUCUUGUCCUUCCAAAACCAGCUGAAACUGCAGAAUAUCUGCACGGGUGAACUGCUGGAUCUCCCCUCCGGCACAGAGAUCAGCGAGGAGACGAAAGCAGUGAUCAAACCAGCCGAGGACGAGUCGCAGGAGGACCGUGUAGAGAUUCCACUAGCAGAUUUCUUCAAGUUGUCCUUGGGAUAUGAUGAUGAGGAGAGGGAGGUGUUGCUGCAAGAAGGGGCCUUCUUUGGCCCCCUGGAGACAAUUGAGAAUGCCAGAGACACCGUGGCCCUGGAGCUGCUUUUGCAGACCGAGAGGCCCAUGAAGUGGCAGACGGAGUGUUACCUCUUUCACAUUCCGAAAUGCAGUGCUCCAGUCUCCUCGGUCAGAUUCGCAGUUCGAUGGCUGGUUGAUGCUCUGGGAGGGGCUGCACGAAGGAACUUCAUCGGAGCCAGUGCCGAAACUUGGAAGAACCAUGUCCAGAAAUACCUUGAGGAAACAGCGGCUGAGGAUGCCCAAGCAGAAGCCGAGCAACAUUUGACGGCAUCUUCUUGGAGCAAGCACAUGGUUUCUCGGAAGCGGAAGGAGAGUGAGAGGGAAGACGGGCCUGCCGAGCAGCUCGACUAUCAUUGUUCGGUGUUCUGCUUGCUGACUUUAUUGGUCAUGAUAGCAGUGGGCGUGCGUAAGACCAGCAGCUGGAAACUACCCGACGACAUGCUCAAGGAAAAGGCCAAAAGCAUGCUGAGGGCCGUCACGUGGCAUUUUGCCGACAGUUGGUUUGAGAGAGAAGCAGAUGAGAACCAGGACGGCUGUGACUUUGUCAUAGAAUGGCGAAAACACGAGGGACAAGUGAUGCUGAACUGGCAGCGCCUGAUCGAGAAGAAAACGAGCCUGCAGGCAAUGUUCCCGGGCCCCCCGGCAGAGCUGGAACUCAGCGAUGUUCUGGUGAGAUUGCGAACCGACCAGACGGCCAACACUUGCAGCUGGCAGAGAAGGGAUGCGUGCAGGGCACUUCUUGCUUUCCUGUUCCUGGUCAUCUCGGAUUGCAUAGAGGCGAGUCUGAGAUCAAAGCUGUGGUCCGAGACCAAGGUCGAGCAACUGAAGCAGUUGAGGACAGCACGUGGCUACAGGCAGGUGUCUUUCGGCUUCCGACAGGCCAUCGUUGAAAGAACAAAGAAUGCGAAGAUGCAGGACAGCGGCACAGUGGAAGCCGCACAGGAGAUUCUGGUCGAAGGCCGGAGUGCGUCGAAACAACACAGAGCAGCUCGCUUUCUGGAGCCCGAGCGGUACAACUACAUGAAGGCCGGUGAGGAGCUGAUGAAGGACAGUCCCAUGGUGAGCUUGGCUGCUGAUGCCGUGAGUGUUGGCAGCGAUCACAUCCUGAACUGUUUCCUGUGGCACCCGGUUCAGAAGAAGGCAGUGCACUUGCCUCCACAGGUCCAGAAGAUCCUGAAGACGUAUGAUUUGUUCGAAAACGAGGGUGCCCUCUGGACAGCAAGGACCAAGGAGUUCAUGAAGAAAAGAGUCGAUGAGGACAAGGAGAAGAAGCAGCGAAGACUUCGUGUCAAAACCGACACGAGAGAGCGGGUCCCGACGUACCAGUGGAUGCUUUGCGUCCAGACAGCACUGAGGACCGCCGGCUUGAAAUUUCAAGACUUUGCUGACAUCCCAGCUGGCAGCGAGGCCGAGCCAGUGCAGGUGCCCAGAGUCCUGGUCGUGUGCACAGACCAGGAAAGCCUGCAGAUCACAGCAAUGAAUUUCUUGAAGCACCACCGCCGCCUCGCCAUCCUCCAUUGCUACGACCCGAUGCAUCGCAGGCAAAAUGACACCAUUCUCGCCUUAGGCGAAAGUGGUUGCCUCAGGCGAGCAUGCCUGAACUUGACACUCUACAACAUAAAGUUCGGACCGUGGUUGAAGGGGGGAUGGUUCCGAAUGCUUCAGGAGGCAGGAGAAAAGCUCGCCCUCAUGUCUCCAAACGACCCACUCCUGCUCCACUACUGGCCCGAGAUCUUGAAAGACAGGGACUUUGUCCUCGACGACUCCCAGAAUGGCCGCGAGCUGUUCUUGAAGACUCUGAGGAGCCAGCACUUCCUGACCAGCAAGGGUCCGAAAGUCGCAUCUUUGAGUAAGUUCAAUGCAUUCAGCGAGGCACACGAGCAUUUGGACCAGCACUGGUCUUCCCAGGCCUUCGUCAUGACAGCCACCUGCCUUCUCCAAGGUUGGGUUCAGUAUGCGGACCAGCUUUGGAAUCGGUCCACGAACAGCCUUCACUCCAUGACCAAGUACAUCAACGACCCUGAUGUCAAGUUGGAGUCCCGUUUGAUCGCAGCAGUCUUGGAACCCGAAAGUCGGGCAGCCAGGCUUAUGCUGUGUGACAUGCGGGGGCCAUCAGAAACCCUCAGCUAUUUCAUCAGCUGGUCCGGUGACGGGUGGUUGCAAACCGCAAAGCGCCAUCUGGACGUCUUGGAGGACUUGGAGACCUUGGCUCGGAUCGGCUUCCAUAUGGAAUGGGCCAGAGACGCACCGUCUGGCCAGGUGGAGUACGAGAGGGCCAGCACCGAGAAGCUCUUCAGUUUCCUCAAAAGCUUGCUGAAGUUCAGGGCCGGAAGCAACUUGUGGCACACCGACGGACAAGGGAAGUGUGCAGGUUUGGUUUCCCCGGACCAAGCCAGCCAGAAGUCCACCCUCCUGUGGUUCAAGCGUCUUGCCGAGGCCGAAGCAGCAGUCAAAGCAACGGGGAAUCUGGCCGCUCAGAGGCUUCUGAAGGACACCAUGCUCCAGGAGGUCUUCCAGCAGCACGUGCUACGUCUCUUGAAGCAGGAGAACUUCACGGCGGUUUCGGAGAAGCUCAAAGGAAUGCUGGAACAUGCCUUUUCCUCCUUGCUCAACACUAAACUCGUCGAAGAUGCAAACAAAUUCCAAAGAGAAAAGGAGGACCGGGGGAACAAUGCAAAGACAGUCUCCAUGGCUGAGGCGUGGCACACAGUGUCGCAACACAAGGUGCUCGAAAUGUACCGCCGAACAGAGAUUGUGGCCACGAAGCAGUUCAGAGUUCCUCAGGACUGGUGCAUCGAAGAUGUCUGUCGAGAAAACGUCAGGCGAGUGGAUGCCAAAACAGCCGAGGAAAAGAUUGACUUUGAUUUCCUCAGCCGAGUUACCGGGCCAGUGGCCUGGCCAGCCUUCACUCCAGAGAGCGAACAGCGGCUGCCAUGCAAUCUUGCCUUGCUAAUGCACAUCCAUGAACUGGGCAGCAAGUGGGACCUGGCUGAAAAGGCUUGGCACUCGGGCCUCGUGCAAGCGGGGUCAGUGCUGGAGUGGAAGCGGAGGCCGCACUAUGUCGUGCGAAGCUAUUCCAACGGACUGCUUCUCUGGCCCCUGUCGGGGCACAGAGACGACAGGCUCACCUUCGACAAGGGUGUGAGAACUUUGUCUUGGGGCUUCCUUUUCUCGUUGGAGGACACGAGGGUUCGAGAGAUGAGCCCCUGCUGUCCCAUGGAAGCUGUAAAACAUUUGAAGCCUGGCAUUCAGUUGGUGGGUGCUGCUUGGAAGCCGGUCAAGCAGUUCUUGAUGGACACAGGAUUUCGAGGCGUGGGAGAGAGUCACUUGAAACUGUUGAACCACGAGUUGGGCUACGACGAGCCGGAGGCCGAUCAGCCGGACCAGGAGCUUGCCCUGGCCGUGCACUUGCUGGUCAACGAGGACCCGAAUUUGACGGAGAAGGAUGUGCUGGAUCGCAUUGAACUUCGAAAUCUCCACCGUGAAUUUCCCGUGGAGGGGAUGACUGAAGAGAUGGCAGAAGUCAUCAAGGACACAAUUCGUGUCCAGGAUCAAGAGUCCGUCGUGGCCAAGCUCAGAGCAGCUGCACCUACUCCUCCGGCCAAGGUGGCAGAGCUUACCAAAAAGAGCUAUCAUCAGGCUUACGACAAACUUACCCCAGCCAUGAUUGCUGCCAAGAAAAAAGAGCUACUUGCCAAAGAGGCUUCCCAGGCAGAGAAGAGAAAAGAGCCGGCGAAGACGGCAGGCACGAAAAAAGACGUGAGCCGAAAGUAUGCAAAGAAUGAUGCAGACGUGGACAAAGAGAUGCGUGCUCACAUGCCUGCGACUGUGGCCGUCGAAACCGACGACAGAAACGGUCGUUGGAAAUUGACACACAAGAUCAAAGGAGCCAGGCAGCAGAAGAGCGUGAGCUGGACUCAAGCCGGCCACAAGUCGGCUGCUGCCUAUGCACUUUCGGCAUGCUGGAAGUGGCACACGGAUCAUUCGGGAGAUGAGAUGCCUGCGGGUACAAAGAAGCUCAUGGAUUUGUGGAGGCUAGAGGCUUCUGGCACAGCCGAGCCCAGCCGUUUGGUUGCACCCACUCUGAGCAGCUCGUCCUGUUGA